UCACAAUCGUUGCCAUGGGAUAUCAACUGUUGACACUCAUUGCUAACGGCCAUCACCUGCCAGCUGCUUGAUAGUUAUCUGGUCUCUAACCGUUAUGUGACUGUCAUGUUGGAAGAACAAAUUUACUCAAAAAGCUAAAAAGGAUUUACUGUCUUUAUUUCUUCACGUAAUAAGUAAGUAAUAACUUUCGGCGUGAAAUACAAAAUCAAGUAAAAUGUUCGAGAGUGAAUUGUCCGAAAGGACGUGUAACCAAAAUGACUCGUCGCUACGAUCAAAUAUGGCUAGAGAAACUUUUAAUGGUAUACCGGAAGAAGUUGCAAAGGCACUCUUUUACGGAGAACAGCCGAAGUUACUUCAGGAACAAUCAUGGACGAAAGCGAUACCGUACAAGUACUGGUACGAAUAUGUUAAACCUAUGCAAAGUAUCGGCAGCGAAUUGACACCAGCGGCCCGCAAGUACAACAUAAAGAGUUUUAAGCGAAGCACGGUGAAAUUAAGUCAACCAAUUCUCUUUGGUCCCGACGGAAAUCUCGUCUAUCCACCUCUGGAAUGUGUCAAGGCGCACGAUGAGGAAAUGAAACUUAAGGAUGGCGAGAGGUCAAAGCGGCUUCAGCGAGUGCCUGAUAAUAUUAUGAGUUUGCGAGACUUGGCUGAUGGUACCUGGCUGCGCAGAAAGGCACAGAAACGAUCAGCCGAAAUGCAGGAACAAAAAGAGAGGGCUGAAAAGAAGAGGAAAGAGAGACGGAGGAAGAUGAUUCCUGAGGAGGAGAUUCUACGCAGCAGGGAAGCCGACUGCCCCAGAUCAAUCGAGGAACAGCGGGCGGAGAUGCUCGCUCUGGUUGAACGGGAGCGGAAACGUCACGUAAGACCGGAAGACGUCUCUAGAAUUCUGUACCUGAAACGUUAUUGCGUAGCAGAGUCCCAGCUAGAGCCGUAUGAUUAUCGGAACAUCGUGAAAGCGCGCGAACGCAUUAUUGGCAGACUGAGGAGACGCGAUGACAUGGACGCCAUAUUGAAUAGCCUGGUGCCCGAAGUUGUCAGUGACUACAAGGAAAGUCUCCGUUCUGCUGUCGUGGACUACGUGUUGCUCGAUCCUGCCGAGAGGAAGCGACUGUUCAUUGAAACGAUGCCCCCGCAGUAUCUGACCUCGAGCAUCAGGGCACCAGUACCUUGGCACCAGGCAAAGAUCACAGCGAAACACUUUUUGGAAUACAACCUGGCCAUUGCCAAUGAGAUUCUGCGGGACAUUCGCGAUCUCUGGUUCACCAAAUAUUGCGACAUGUCCAUAAUCUGUGUAGAGGAUUUCGGGAAAAUACCAGUGGCCGCCGCCGAGAUCGAAACCAGGGUGGAUACACUGUGCGACACUGCCAGCGAGCGUCUCUUGAAGGAGUGGCUCGCGGAAGUCGCCGAAAUCUUCUUGGAGAAGAAACGCGCCUGGUCCUCUCUGGUAGAAAGAGCAGCAGGCGCUUCCACUGUACUCAUAGAAGAUUAUUUUCGAUGCGUCAACACCCUCCUGUCGAGACAGUUGCGCAUCAAGAUUAUACAAACUUUGAAGUACAUGAGGGACUUUUUCGUGCGGUACAGCGAUGGUAAUUCUUUCGAUGGAGAUUACGAGGAUCUUAUGUUCAUCAGGGUUCCUUUCAUGACAAUAAUGGUUGAGCCUGUAUUGGGUACAAGAGAAUUACAGUUGAAGCCGAGCGUGAGAGAGAUGCACGCUGUCAUAUCGAGAUGCUUUGACAAGAUAAUCAAGGUGGCUGGCAAAGUUCCACGAAUCGAGACAAUCUUGUUCCCGGAAUUACAGAAGAAAGCUUACAUGUUUCCAGUUUUAAGAGAGGAAGAAGCGGUUGCACAAAUCGUAAAUGAAGCUUUGGAUGCAAUUCUGUCGAAUGUCAGUGGACCAGAGAAUUAUUUAAAAUGCUAUGAGGAUCUAUUAUACAUAAUAGAGGGUAAAGCGGAGAAUGAGCUCACGGAUUACUUCUCGAUCCAACCCCAACCGUUUCUCAGGGAUUUUGGACGCAGGAUCGAGGAGUAUGAUGGUCUGCGGAAAGAGAUAUGCUUGUAUCGCAACAAGGUACCUUUGAACAUGAUAGAAAUAGACUGCACGAUGGUGAACGACACAAUCAGGCAGAUGUUACUUGAUCUGCGCACCAGGAUCUGCGAGUAUUUCUACAUGGAGCUUCGGCAAAAUAAUCAGGCUCUGUGCAACGUCUUCGACGAGAUAGCCAAUAGGAUUUCGGAGAUGCCCGAGACGACUCAGGAAGUGGUCGACCUCUACAAUUAUCUCUGCGAGAGUCGCGAUUCGACGAUGUUCAGCCUUAAAAGCAAACUAGCGCAUUCGGUCGAGCUGAUGUUGUUCCUGCUUGAUUAUCAAGCGCCAACGUGCGACGACAUCCAUCUGAACACAAGGACACUCACGUGGCCUAAGGAAAUGGAGGUGGUGAUGGACCUGGCGAACGCCCGGUUGAACAUGAGAAAGGAUUUCGUCGAGAGUGUCCUGCGAACGAGACGCGACAAUUUUGAACAAAGAAUUUUAAACAUGCAACUGGCCAUAGAUCAUUUCAAGAAGAAAGAUCCGCCUGUUCUGACGAUGGAUGAGAUGGAGCAGGCGACGGAAGAAAUCGAACAUCUUUCCCAAGGAAUGGCAGAAAUCCGGAAAGAGGCCGAACAGAUUAAUGAAGAGGAGACACUUCUAGAUAUGGAGCUGAGUCCUUAUCUCACUCUGCCCGUGAUGACCAGUACUGUGGACACAUUUGAUAAGCUCUGGCAUGCCGUCCUAAGCUUCCACAAGAACUAUGAGAAAUGGUUCUACGGACCCUUUCAGGGCUUGGACGCUGAUGAGAUCCGCGAAGAGACUGAUAACAUCUGGAGGAUGCUCUACAAGCUCUCAAGAGUUUUGUCCGAUGUUCCGGGUGCCCGGAGGAUCGCCGAGACGGUUCGUGGGAAAGUCGAGAAGUUCAAACAGUUUAUACCGGUUUUACAAACUAUUUGUAAUCCGGGCUUGCAACCGCGACACUGGGAGCAAAUUAGCAAGGUCGUGGGAGUUCCUAUAGAACCUACAGCACAGAGCAGUCUCUCGGACAUGAUAGAUCACGGUUUGCCGGUCUACAUCAAUAAACUAGAAGAGAUCUCGUCGGCCGCCACCAAGGAGCAUGCUCUUGAGAAAAAUCUUAGAAAGAUGCAGGAUGAAUGGCAGAACGUUUACUUCGAUUUGAAUCCAUACCGUGAGACUGGGGUACAUAUUUUAUCUGCAGUUGAUGACAUACAGGUCCUCCUGGACGAUCAUAUACUGAAGGCUCAAACGAUGAGAGGCUCCCCUUUCGUGAAAGCCUUUGAAUACGAAAUGCAGUCGUGGGAGGAGAAGUUGAUAAUGAUGCAGGACAUUAUUGAUCAGUGGCUGACGUGUCAAGCCACUUGGAUGUAUCUGGAACCAAUAUUCAGCAGCGAGGAUAUAAUGAGGCAAAUGCCAACCGAGGCGAAGAACUUUCGCAAGGUCGACAAAAUGUGGCGGGCCAUAAUGAAAUAUGUGGCAAACAAUAAAAAAGUUACGGACGCAACAGCGAUGCCGGAGAUGCUUCAACAGUUCAAACUCUGCAACGUAUUGCUGGACGAGAUACAGAAAGGCCUCAAUGAUUACUUGGAGAAGAAACGUCUGUUCUUCCCGAGAUUUUUCUUUUUGUCUAACGACGAGCUGCUUGAGAUUCUCUCGGAAACGAAAGAUCCGCAGAGAGUUCAACCGCAUCUCAAGAAAUGUUUCGAAGGCAUAAGCAAGCUGCGAUUCAACAAGGAACAGGAAAUCGUGGGAAUGUUGUCCGACGAGGACGAGUACGUUCCAAUGAGCGGUAAGAUCUAUCCAGCCGACGCAAAGGGCAUGGUGGAAAGAUGGCUAGUGCAGGUCGAGGAGCUGAUGGUCUCCUCCCUUCGCGAUAUUGCUCAGGACAGCGUAAUUGCUUACUUCAACACAACACGAUCAGAAUGGAUGCUUACAUGGCCUGGCCAAAUAGUCAUAUGUGCCAGUCAAAUUCACUGGACCAGCGAGGUUUGUGAAUCGUUCGAAGACAAUAGCACCAGUAAGUAUCUCUCAAAGUGUAGCUCGCAAAUCGAGAAAACCGUAGAUUUGGUACGUGGGAAACUGGAGCCUGGAGCACGCAUCACUCUCAAUGCGUUGAUAGUGAUCGACGUUCACGCGCGAGACGUUGUGAAGUUGUUGGUAGAGAAAGACGUGAGCAGCGUUAUGGACUUUGACUGGAUAUCCCAAUUGCGAUAUUACUGGCUGGAUGCCAGUAUAAUCGUGUCAAUGAUCACUACGGACGUUGCCUACGCAUUUGAGUAUCUUGGAAACACUCCGCGACUGGUGAUAACACCUCUGACCGAUCGAUGCUACAGAACUCUAAUGGGGGCGCUGAAGCUAAACCUGGGUGGUGCUCCCGAGGGUCCGGCAGGUACUGGGAAGACCGAAACAAGCAAGGACCUGGCGAAGGCCGUGGCGAAGCAGUGCGUAGUCUUCAACUGUUCCGAGGGACUGGACUAUAAAGCUAUGGGAAAGUUCUUCAAAGGUCUGGCGCAGUCUGGCGCAUGGUCUUGCUUCGAUGAAUUCAACAGGAUUGACUUGGAGGUUCUCUCUGUGAUCGCUCAGCAGAUUCUAACGAUUCAGAUGGCGAUCAGCAUGCGUCUCGAACGAUUCGUCUUUGAAGGCACCGAGCUCAAGCUGAACCCCACUUGCAAUAUCUUCAUCACCAUGAAUCCUGGUUACGCAGGAAGACAGGAACUUCCUGAUAACCUGAAAGUUCUCUUUCGCACCGUGGCAAUGAUGGUGCCGGACUAUGGAAUGAUCGGUGAGAUUACUCUGUACUCCUAUGGAUUUGUUGACGCGAGGAGUCUGGCUGAGAAGAUUGUUCACACCUAUAAACUGUGCUCCGAGCAGCUAAGUUCUCAGAGCCACUACGAUUACGGAAUGCGAGCCGUCAAAACUGUACUGUUGGCUGCAGGAAAUCUGAAGCUGAAGUAUCCCACGCAGAACGAGUCGAUCCUGGUCCUACGCGCCAUAGUUGACGUCAAUUUGCCAAAAUUCUUAGCGCAGGAUGUUCCACUGUUCAACGGCAUCUACAGCGACUUGUUCCCUGGCAUUGAUCUUCCAAAGCCUGAUCGCGACGAAUUGAUUGACUUGCUGAAAGUCAAUCUGAAUAAGAGGAAUCUACAGGCCACACCCUGGUACGUUGAGAAGAUCGUGCAGAUCUACGAAAUGAUCCUGGUCAGACAUGGCUUGAUGAUCGUCGGAGAGCCUUUAGGUGGAAAGACUCAAGCCUAUCAAUCAUUGGCUGAUUCUCUUGGCGAUCUCUCGACAAUAAGAAGAGCCACUAUGCGGGAGUUCAGAACAAUCCAUAAAAUUAUAAAUCCAAAGGCCAUCACCCUGGGCCAAUUGUACGGGAGUUUCGAUCCGGUUUCUCACGAGUGGAGCGACGGGGUGCUGGCCAAUACUUUCCGAGAAUUCGCCCAAUCGUUGACGUCAGAACGAAAGUGGAUUCUCUUUGACGGUCCGGUGGAUGCUGUCUGGAUAGAGAACAUGAACACCGUCUUAGACGACAACAAGAAACUCUGCCUGAUGUCUGGCGAAAUCAUUCAAAUGUCGCACAAGAUGAACAUGAUAUUCGAGCCAGCAGAUCUCGAGCACGCGUCCCCGGCUACUGUCAGCAGGUGCGGAAUGAUCUACAUGGAACCUUCGCAAUUAGGCUGGCCUCCGUUCUUCGAGUCGUACAAGAAGCAACUCAAGCAGAAGCUGCUCGUUGAACAGUUUGAACUCGUUUUGGAAUUAGUGGAAUGGCUAACGGAGCCGAUUUUCACUUUCGUCAGGUGCAACUGUAAGACUUUCGUAGAGACAUCUGAGCUACAUAUGUUCCUGUCUUUCACGAGAAUGCUGAGUACCAUCCUGGAGGGCGAGUCUCAAGUGAGCACGGUCUGGCUCCAGUGUGUUCUCAUAUUCAGCAUGAUAUGGGGACUUUGUUCGACUCUGGUCAGUGAAAGUAGGAAGCUGUUCGACGUCUAUUUCCGAAAAUUACUCGAUGGGAAUGUCGAGGAGCAUCCAAAGCCAAAAGCUUUCAAGUUAACGAAGCAACAACUCUUUCCUGACAGAGCCACUGUCUUCGAAUGGGUUUAUGACAAGAGAAACAAUGGCAGCUGGAUAUCGUGGAUGGACACCACCAGCCAGGCACCAUUAGCUCCAAAUGCAAAAGUCAGCGAGCUGAUAAUUCAGACGAAUGAAAUGUCCAUGCAGCGAUUCUUCAUAAAUAGUCUACUGCAACGCUCCAUACCGAUUCUGUUUGUGGGUCCAACUGGAACCGGAAAGUCCGCCAUUGUCACGGAUUACAUGGUCACGCUAUCAAAAGAUAAGUUCAUUCAGAACAUAGUAAACUUCAGUGCUCAGACCACAGCAUCGCAGACGCAGGAAAUAGUAAUGUCGAAGUUGGACAGAAGAAGAAAGGGCGUAUACGGGCCAGCUAUGGGGAAGAGGUGCGUUCUAUUCGUGGAUGACCUGAGUCUGCCCCACAAGGAAAUUUACGGUGCCCAACCUCCAAUAGAACUCCUGAGACAAUGGGUGGAUCAUGGCCAUUGGUUCGAUCCAAAGGAUACCAGCAUGUUAUACCUGGUGGAUAUAGUUCUAAUAGCAGCAAUGAUACCCCCAGGAGGCGGAUCGAACUUGGUCACACCAAGACUUACUCGUCACAUGCACAUCAUAGGAAUUGACUCUUUCGAGGACGCCACCAUGACAAAGAUAUUCACCACCAUAUUGGACUGGCAUUUUGCUAAAGGUUUCGAUCAGAACGUUUCCAGACUUGGAAAGAUGAUCAUCUCGGCGACGAUGGACGUCUUUCACGACGCCAUUAGAAACUUCUUGCCCACUCCGGCGAAGAGUCAUUACACCUUUAAUUUGCGCGACUUCAGUAGAGUGAUCAGGGGCCUGUUACUGGUACCAGCAUCGCGUAUCAAGGAGCCCGAGAAACUGAUAAAGCUCUGGAUUCAUGAAAUCUAUCGAGUCUUUCACGACCGUCUGAUUGACGAGCAAGACAGAGUGACUCUUUUCGAAAUGGUGAAGGUCACGUGUUACGCGCAGCUGCGCCAGCCAAUCGAGAAGGUUCUGUCGAAUCUUCUGGAGGAAAACGAGAAACAAAUAACACCUGGGCACAUUCGCAAAUUGUUCUUUGGCAACUACAUGGAGCCAGAUGCGGAUCCGAAGAUAUACGAUGAGGUAGCGAACCUGGAUGACCUUCAAGAGAAGAUGGACUAUUAUCUGACAGAAUACAACAUGAUAUCAAGGACGCCCAUGAAUCUGGUACUAUUCAGAUUUGCCAUAGAACACAUAUCAAGGGUAUCUCGCGUUCUCUUGCAAGACAAUGGACAUGCACUCCUCGUCGGGGUUGGUGGCUCAGGAAGAAGUUCCUGUGCUAAGCUGGCGACCAGCAUGUGCGAGUAUAUAAUAUACCAGGUGGAAAUGACGAGGACCUACGGACACUCUGAAUGGAGGGACGAUAUCAAGGCGCUUCUUCUAAAAGCUGGCGGCGAGGGAAGACCCACAGUUUUUCUUUUCGGUGACAAUCAGAUCAAGGAAGAAACAUUUGUGGAGGAUAUAAAUAUGAUACUGAACACCGGGGACGUGCCCAAUCUUUAUGCCUCCGAGGAGAAAGCUGAUAUUCUAGAGAAGAUGAUGAACGCAGCGCGAGAGGGCGGCGGUAGGAAGAUGGAAACUACGCCUAUGGCACUUUAUAAUCUGUUUACAGAAAGAGUGAAGAACAAUCUGCACAUAAUUCUGACUAUGUCGCCCAUUGGUGAGGCUUUCAGAAAUAGAUUGAGAAUGUUUCCCUCGCUCAUCAAUUGCUGUACCAUCGACUGGUACACGACCUGGCCUGAGGACGCUCUGGAGAAAGUCGCAAAAAUGUCCCUGAAGGACCUGGACAUUGACGAGGACACUCGGGAAAAGUGUGUGCACAUAUGCAAGCAGUUUCACACAAGCGUGCGCGACACUAGCGAGGAUUAUUACAAAACGCAGCGAAGACGAAAUUACGUAACUCCGACCAGCUUUCUGGAACUGAUGAAGAGCCUGUACAAGCUAUACGGGCAAAAGGUCGAUCAAAUCACCAUGCAGCAGAAUCGAUACGAAGUCGGACUUGAGAAACUGGACUUUGCAGCUGGUCAAGUGGCAGUGAUGCAGGAGGAGCUACACGCGCUGCAGCCCAAGCUAGUCGCACAGUCACAGCUCAGCGACAAACUGAUGAUCCGAAUUGAACAAGACACCGUAAAUGUGGAGGCCAAGAAGGAGGUGGUUGCAGCCGACGAAGCUCUAGCGAACGAGGCUGCAGCUGCGGCGCAGGCGAUAAAGGACGACUGUGAAAGCGACUUGGCAGAGGCAACGCCUGCAUUGGAAGCUGCUUUGUCGGCAUUGGACACCUUAAAGCCAGCUGACAUCACCAUCGUUAAAUCCAUGAAGAAUCCGCCGGCCGGUGUAAGACUCGUGAUGGAGGCCGUCUGCGUUCUCAAGGGAAUCAAACCAGAGCGCGUUCAGGAUCCUGGAACAGGCAACAACUAUGAUGACUACUGGCCAGCCUCUAUAAAGAUUCUCGGGGACAUGAAGUUCCUGGAGGGUCUAAAGACAUUCGACAAGGACAACAUUCCUCCAGCUAACAUGAAGAAGAUCAGAGAGAAAUUCAUGAAUGACAGAAGCUUCGAUCCCGACGUGAUCAAGAAGGUUUCCACGGCCUGCGAAGGACUGUGCAGGUGGGUGCGCGCCAUGGAAGUCUACGACAGAGUGAUUAAGGUCGUGGCGCCGAAGAAGGCCAUGCUGGCCGAAGCCGAAGGCGAACUGGCCGCCCAAAUGGAAACACUGAACGCCAAGAGGGCACUUCUGCAGGAGGUCACCGACAAGCUUCAGUCGCUUAACGACGAGUUUGCAGAAUGCAUGAGAGAGAAGAAAAAGCUGGAGGACCAGAUAGAUCACUGCACGCAAAAGUUGGAUAGAGCCGAGAAACUUCUCGGCGGACUGGGCGGUGAGAAGAUUAGAUGGAGUCAAACUGCAGCUGCUUUGGGAGCCAGCCUUAAAAAUAUCAUUGGGAAUGUUCUUCUCGCUUCUGGUGUUGUAGCUUAUCUCGGGGCCUUCACUGUUGGAUACAGAAACGAUUUGAUUCGGCAGUGGCACGCGUCUUGCACGCAAAUCAAUAUUCCAUGUGGAUCGCAGUUCAGUCUCAUUGAUAUUUUGGGCGAGCCUGUGGAGAUUCGCGCUUGGAUGAUCUACGGAUUGCCUGCUGACACAUUUUCCGUAGAGAACGGCAUAAUAGUGAGGAACGCCAAUCGGUGGCCGCUCAUGAUUGAUCCUCAGGGCCAGGCUAACAAAUGGAUCAAAAAUAUGGAGAAGCAGAAUAAACUCUCCGUCAUCAAAUUGACUGAUCCGAAUUACGUCAGAGUCAUGGAAACGUCCAUUCAGGUCGGUAAUCCUGUUCUGCUAGAAAAUAUUCUUGAAGAGGUCGACGCCAUCCUGGAGCCAGUUCUGCUGAAGAACAUUUACAAGCAACGUGGAGUUCUUUAUAUGAAGUUUGGUGAGAACGUUCUCGAAUACAACAUUGAUUUUCGAUUUUAUAUCACAACGAGACUUCGCAAUCCCCAUUACCUUCCUGAGGUCGCGGUCAAGGUGACACUGUUGAACUUCAUGAUCACGCCGCAAGGAUUGGAAGAUCAAUUGUUGGGGAUCGUGGUAGCCAAGGAUCUCCCGGCGCUCGAGGAAAAGAAGAAUCAAUUGAUUGUAGAGGGCGCGAAUAACAAAAGAAUUCUAAAAGAAAUUGAGGACAAGAUUCUGGAGGUACUGUCAACGUCAGAAGGGAACAUCCUGGAGGAUGAAACGGCCAUCAAGAUUCUAUCCUCUUCGAAGGGCCUCUCCGAAGAUAUUCAAGCUAAACAGAAAAUUGCAGCAAGGACGACGAUAGAAAUUGACGAAGCACGCAACGGCUACGAACCCGUAUCGCGUCACGGCGCUGUCUUAUUUUUUUGCAUUUCGGAGUUGGCAAAUAUCGAUCCGAUGUAUCAGUACUCGUUGCCGUGGUUCAUUCACCUGUACACGAUGACCAUAAGUCAAAGUGAAAAAUCCGCAAACCUUAAUGAGAGAAUCAAGAAGCUUAAUUCUCAUUUCACCGCCAGCAUAUACAGAAACGUCUGCAGAUCACUAUUCGAAAAGGACAAGCUGAUAUUCUCUUUGGUCCUCUGCGUUGGUCUCCUACGUGCCAAAAAACAAAUUGAAGAAGAUCUCUGGACGUUCUUGCUAACGGGGGGCGUCGCUCUCCACAAUCCUCAUAAAAACCCUGAUCCUAGCUGGCUGAGUGACAAGUCCUGGUCAGAAAUUGUAAGGGCUACAGCCCUCUCAGGUCUUGCCGACUUACGAAAGUCCGUCGAGACUGAAACUGCUCAGUGGAAAAGCUACUAUGAUCUUCCGAAUCCUCAUGAGAAUUCAUUUCCGGCACCCUUCCAGGCCGAAGAAAAUAGCUUGAAGAAGCUGCUGAUACUGAGAUGCGUCAGGCCGGACAAGCUUGUAGCCGCUGUUCAGCGUUUCGUCAUCCAUAACAUGGGGGAAUCCUUCAUCGAACCGCCGCCAUUUGAUCUUCAAGAUUCCUACAACGACUCUAGUAAUGUCUCGCCUUUGAUAUUUAUUCUGUCGCCGGGAUCGGAUCCGAUGGCCGGCUUAAUUAAAUUUGCGGAAGACAAGGGAAUUCAAAAGAAGAACCUGAUGACUAUUUCUUUGGGUCAGGGUCAAGGCCCUAUUGCCACAAAUAUGAUAAAUAAAGGGAUAGCAACCGGAGAAUGGGUCGUCCUGCAAAACUGUCACUUGGCCGAGAGUUGGAUGAGGGAAUUGGACAGGAUAUGCGAUGAGGUCAUUAUCCCGGAAACGACUCACUCGAAAUUUCGAAUAUGGUUGACCAGCUAUCCCUCGAAAGCCUUUCCAGUUUCAAUCUUACAAAAUGGCGUUAAAAUGACUAACGAGGCACCAAAAGGACUGAAGCAAAAUUUAUUGCGCAGCUAUCUGAAUGAUCCUAUAUCUAAUCCGACAUUUUUCAAGGGAUGUUACAAGGUUCUAGAAUGGCGGGCCCUUCUCUUCUCUCUGUGUUUCUUCCAUGCUGUCGUUCAGGAGAGACGAAAAUUCGGUCCACUCGGCUGGAACAUCCCUUACGAGUUCAACGAAUCAGAUUUGCGAAUAAGCGUUUUGCAAUUGCAGAUGUUCCUGAAUGAUUACGACGAAGUGCCCUACGAGGCUCUUCUCUAUCUGACUGGAGAAUGCAAUUAUGGUGGUAGAGUCACCGACGAUAAGGACAGACGUCUUUUAAAUUCCCUUCUUCGGAAUUACUACAAUCCGAACGUCAUCGCUGACCCUCAAUAUUCAUUCUCGCCAAGUGGAAUUUACCGGAUGCCAGUGAAUACUGAUCACCACGGAUGCGUAGAGUACAUCAGAAGUCUCCCAUUAAAUCAGCUACCGGAAGUCUACGGCUUGCACGAGAAUGCGGACAUCACUAAAGACAAUGAUGAGGCGAUGCAAUUGUUGGCAGGAGUUCUGAAGACUCAAACGCAAAUAAGUGGUCUGGGAGUAGAAGGCGAUGCCGAGGUGACGGUCUCGCAGCUGGCUGCAGAUAUCCUCGACAAGAUGCCGCCUCAGUUCGACAUUCGAUACGUUUCCGAGAGAUUUCCAGUUCUCUACGUGAAUAGUAUGAACACCGUACUCCGUCAGGAGCUGGUCAGAUUUAACAGACUGACUGAAGUGAUAAAGAGCACAUUAAAGAACGUGCAAAAAGCUAUCAAAGGACUGGUAGUAAUGUCACCAUCGCUGGAGGACGUUUUCUACAGUAUGAGCAUUGGCAGAAUACCUUCAGAGUGGAAUAAAAAAUCGUAUCCCUCGUUGAAGCCAUUGGGAAGUUAUGUGACGGAUCUGCUGGCUAGAAUUGAAUUUCUACAGAAUUGGAUAGAUCAUGACGCGCCCACAGUUUUCUGGCUGUCCGGUUUCUACUUUACACAAUCCUUUCUCACUGGAGUGAUGCAAAAUUACGCUCGCAGGUGCCAAAUACCUAUCGACCACCUAGACUUUCAAUUUGAAAUUACCAAAUUUGAAAACACAACGGACAAACCACCAAUGUUUGGCGCCUACACGUUUGGUCUCUUUUUACAAGGCGCGCAUUGGAAUAGAGACAUUGAAGAAUUGGAUGAAUCGAAACCUAAAAAAAUGUUCAGUAGCGUUCCUAUCAUUUGGUUGAAACCCGGUGUGAAGGCUACUUUUCAGAUUUCUAAUGUUUACCAUUGUCCAGUUUAUAAAACCAGUGCAAGGCGUGGUGUCCUAGCUACUACUGGUCACUCUUCCAAUUUCGUUAUGUAUGUGUUGUUCCCUACGAAGGUGGAUGAAUCACAUUGGAUCAAUCGGGGCGUCGCGUGCCUCUGCCAGCUAGACGAUUAAAGGAGCGUCAUUGCUCUUCGGAAACGGUUUAACUAACUAUUGCAUUAUCUCGCGCUGUUUCCAAAACCUCACACGUAUUGAAAAAUAUAAGAUUUUCCGAUA